CUUGCCUGUGAGGAGGGUCCCGCUCUCCCGCCAGCAUCAGGACCAUGUGUGACCAGCAGCAGAUUCAGUAUUGCCUGCCACUCCCACAGGGCUGCGUCAAGGGUUCUUCCUUCUGUGCCUCUCACUAUCCCUUUGCCGACAACCAGGUCGUGGUUCAAGCCCCUUGUGAGAUGCAGAUUGUAGGGUGCCAUCCACCAUGCCCGGGUCAAGCUGCCCAGGCUCCAAGCCAGGCUCAGACCACCCAGGUGAAGGGCCAGUCUAAGACCAAGCAGGGGAAGGGCCAGGCUCCAAGCCAGUCCCAAACCACCCAGGUGAAGGGCCAGGCUUCCAGCCAGCCUCAGAUUUCCUAUAUUCAAUGCUCUGGUCCAGAACAGCCUGAGGUUACCUACCUGCAGUAUGAAGCCCCACAGCCUGCUGAAACUUACUACGUAGAAUGCUCCCCGGGUUGUUACACAGAAACCUGCUACGUGGAAUGCCCAGGCCAGACCUAUGUACCCUAUCCAGCGCCUCAGACAUAUGUGGAAUGUCCCCUGGUGUGCCAGUCUCAGGGAAGAUUCUCCGCCCAGCGCUCCUAUCGGGGUUCCUAUGGCAGAUGUGCUCCCCAAUUCCAGCCGUGGGCUUCCUACCGCAGUUGUGCUCCCCAGUUCCAGACACGGGCUUCUUACAGCAGCUGUGCCCUUCAGCGGCAGUCCCGGGCUCCGUUUCGCACUUGCGCGCCCCAGUACCAGACCCAGGGCUCCUAUGGGAGCUUCUCUGCAGAGCGCCAGUCGUACAGCGCCAGCAGGUGCAUCCCUCCCCGCCUACGGCAGCCGGCACCCCACAGCUGCUCCCCAGCGCGCGGCCGAUGGGAGGCCUGCUACGGCAGAGGCCUGCCCCCUAGCGUCUCCGCAGGGUGCCCUAACUACUGCACCCCACCCCGCCGCUCUGAACCCAUCUAUGCCAGUCACUGUCCUCGGGGCUCUGCUGCAGACUGCUCUCAGAGAGGUCGACCCAAGUGCCGAAUAGAGAUCUCCUCCCCCUGCUGCCCCCGGCAGGUCCCCCCCCAGAGAUGUCCUGUUCAGAUUCCUCCCAUCCGAGGCCGCUCCCAGAGCUGUGCCCCACAGCCCUCCAUGGGUGCCUCCUGUCCGGAGCUGAGGCCUCGCAUAGAGCCACUUCCACUCCCAAGCUUCUGUCCACCACGGCGUCUAGACCAAUGUCCAGAGCCAUCACUGCAGAGAUGCCCUGUUCCUGCCCCACGUCCACGUCCACGACCAGCGUGCACAAGUCCAGAACCUUACCUGCGCCCUCUGCCACGGAGAUUUUCAGAACCUUGUUUGUGUCCAGAACCACUUUCAGUGCCACAUCCAGCGCCACGUCCUCACCCAGUGCCGUGUCCUCGUCCAAGGCAGUGUGAGAUUCCAGAGCCACGGCCAUUCCCGCAGGCCUGUGAGGGCCUAGAGCCUCGUCCAAGGCCAGAGCCAAUUCCCUUGCCGGCACCCUGCCAGAGCCCAGAGUCGUGUGGUGAGCCUCAUCACUGGCCCAGCCCAUGCUCUAGCCCAAAUCCAAUUCCAUGCCCAGGAGACCCAGGCUGUCAUGAGUCCAGUCCACACCGCCUGGACACGGAGGCUCCCAGCUGGGGCCUGCCCAGUUGUAACCAGGGGCAAGGGGGUGGAGGUGGCUGUGGACCUGGCGGUGUAGUUCCAGAGCCUCAGCGUCAGGGUGGUUGCAGAGACCAAGACAACAACUGUGUGGGGGAAAAGGGUGCCUAUUUUUAAAGAAAACGUGGCUGGAGCACCCCUGCCUCCUGCUCUGCAAAUGCUGCUCCUCCUGUGCCAGUGGCCACAAUUGCCAAUGCGUCCUUGUUUACAUCUCUUCAAGGACUUUCAGAGCCUCCUUGCUCCACAGCUGAUUUCCUAACUCCUUGCAUAUCCUCUCAGGAUCCACUCCUGGGUCUCGCACACCUCUCCAGCCUCACACCUAACUCCUCCCCUGCACCUGUUCCCGGUGCUGGUCAGACCAGUCUGGCCACCAAGGCACAUCUUGGGUGUUCCCCAGGACACACCUUAGGUGUCCGGCCUCCAAGCUUCUGCUCCGUCUUCCCCCUCUGCCUGGACCACUUCUCUCCCACUCCCCAGCAUCUGGAACCUCGCUUGUCUUUCAGUGCCUCUUCUUUAGAGCCAGUUUUGCUUGUUCCCAGGCAGGGGUGCCUAAGUGGACUUCCCAGCCUCACCGCACCCUCUACACUGUCUACUUGGCACCAGCCUUACAACAUCUCUUACAUUAUUUCACUUUUAGGUGUGUCUGCCUUCCCUGCCCACUAAAUCGUGAACUUCCAUCGGACUGGAGUAAGAAUAUCCCUCAAUCUCAGUGCUUAUCCUGGGAAGGCAGCUUCUUAGCACAGACUGUGGGUUCGCAGCUUGAGUCAUGUUCUGUCCUGAAAGGCAACUACAGGAAUUGAGAAAAAUGGUGU